AUGGCGCGCAAUGCCCUCGAUGUCAGCGAGUGCCUGCCUGCUCUUCGCAAAGACACGAAGAGGGCAAGACUCUCUCAGAGGGUAGACGUGGAGAAGCCGACAUGGCUGAUGAUUUCAGUACGGUCCCUCCGGUUUACACACAACAGGAUUUCCAACCAUUUCGGAUAUCCAGAGACUCGAACUUUUCAGGAGUUGGUGAGUGCUCUGAACGAAGGACUGGUGGUCAGUCACACUGCAGAGUUCCUCCGCCUGGAGCUAUUCGAGUGGAAAGGAGAGUACUAUUCCAUCAACAAUCGGCGGACAUACUGCCUUUGGAAACAUCAAGAAGAGAAUCCUGCGCUCGAUGUCCAGAUUCGUCCCUGGAAGGUUCAUCAACCGCUGUCAAAUGGCGAGAUGCCGCGAUACGAGAGCAAGGUGAACAACCUGUUUUGGAGGAUGUGCACAACAACAAGCGGUGGACGUGAGGUGCUGGUGGGGGGCCGGCCCGGUCAAAUCUACCGUAUCCCAUUGAAGCCCUUGCUGUUGCCAUGCCCACGUCCGUCUUCCACGCAAGAGCUUACUGGGCGACAGAUCGGACAGGAGAGUGAGGAUGAAGACGAGGAUGUCGUCAAGAAAGAGCUAGGCUUGGAGGAAGAUGCUCCAUGCUUGGGUUUGGUUAACUUACACCAAAAUGGACCUGCACCGGCUGAGAUCAGCGAUGCAGCAAGCGUGCAUGAAGUCGAAGAAUCGAGCCCAGGUGCGACGGGCGUCUGCCUUCGUGAUGUGUUGCUGGAGAAACUUCCCAAGCAGACCCGAGGACCAAGUGUUUGGUUCAUCUGCCCGAGGACGCCGUAUGGAACCUCGCUCGCGAAGAAGGUGGAGCUUUUCUGGCGCUGGCAUUGUGGAAAAGCGGCCGCUAAACGCUUGUUGCCGGCUUUGACCGAGAAUGCCAUCGAGCGGCAAACUGUAAGACAAGUGCAAGCGAUCGUUGCCUCAUCCACUGCAGCUUUGAAGUACGUCCGGGAGCUGGGCAUGCAGCUGCGGACUUUGCUGCUGGUGCCGUGCCCAGAAGAUGCGGAGCCUCAGCUCAAGCUCGUCCAGCAGGCUCCAUCCCAUGCUGAGCUGGUGUUGCUGCCGCGUCAGAUCUUGGAAGCAGACCGACUGACCGUCGCCAAACUGCAGGCUGCUGCAGAGCCUGCCACAAAUGUCACAGUUCACUGGGCAAUUCCCGAAGGUCUCGAGGAGUACACGACGCCAGUCCAUGAGCGAUGCCGCUGGCGCUCGGUGGCGUAG